AUGGACGAGUACGAGUAUUCGUGGAAGCCGUCUGCAGGAAUGUCAAUUGAUGAAUUCCUACAAAAGUACAAACCAACGAUGGUAUUUGAUGAUGGCACAAAACCGUGGAUUUGGGUACGGCGCCUUGAACAUGAGCCACUUGACUCGGUGAACUCCACCGACAUAGAUAGCACCCGUUCCGAUACCUCCAUUAUAGAGCGGGGGCAAAAGCUUUUGGAGAUUACACAGGAAAGAUCGAGAACAUUCAAGUAUUAUCGCCGUUUCAAUCGCGAAGAAAGGACUAAGAAGCAAGAAGGAAAUUCGGAGGAGACUGCAACAGAAGCAACGGAGAAGUUCAAGCAACUGUGCCAGGAGAGCGGACUGACAUCUGGGAAACUGCUUUUCUUCGUACAGGCUGAACACAUUGAUGGUGCAUUCUCGAGGAUAGCCCGCGAUCUGAUAACUGGUGCUCUCUCAAAAACUCUGCUUCUGUCUUAA